ACCUCAAGGGUAGUUCGAUCUGAGGAUCUGAUCCUAUGUGUGACAGUUGCUGGCCCCCGUCUCUGUUCUUGGCUGGCUUGUUCUUCAGGAUGUGUAUCUCUUACCUCCAUUUUUCCAAAUUACGAUUUCAUGUACCACACAUCCUCAGACCCCACAAUCCCAGUGUUCAGUUGACAGACAUUGUCAGGGACCACUGUCUGCCAUAGCACUGACAAAGUCAUUAUAGUGUCUCGAUGAAAUGUCUAUGUGAGGUAAAUUUCGUAUUGUUUGUGAUCUUAGAUCUAGAAAUACGUCAAGAACGGGGGCUGAUGAAUCCUUUCGAGAAUACUUUGCACUUGUAGUAUCCAGAGAUAUCAGCAAGCAUCUCUUGCUGUGUAGCCUGAUGUCGGGAAUACAGGGACCCUAGGAUUAGGAAGUAACUUAACUUCUGAGUAAUAAGAGGGGUCAAGGCAAGGAUUGAUUGAAAGAAAUAGGGUCACUAAAAACAUUCUGUCCCACUAACCCAGUAGCUGGUUCCUAUUGUGUCUAUUUUGACCUCAUGACCACAUGACUUUAAUAAAACUGGGGUGUCUUCUUCGACUGGCAUGUUGGUUCAAAAUGAGGCCAAGGAUGAUUCAGAUGUCUCACCAGGUUUGUUUACGCAGAGUGAUUGAAAUUUUUCAUUGAAAUAUUUGAUGGUCACAUGUGCCGUGUUGACGUUGUAUUCAUGUUGGAUGUCAUCAUUGUCAUGACCUUUAUAACUUCUAAACAAAAGGGCUUUUUAAGUUAACCUUCACACCCCAGUUUGUGGAAUGGACUCUUCUCAUUCAUUGACAGGCUAAGUCUAUACAGGGAAAUCAGGUGGAAAAGCUUGAUCAUUUUGUGGCUUGAUGUGAACAGUGUGGCUGUCAAAGAAGGAUACGUGUUCAAAAUUUCCUGGGCCGUUUCAGAAAAAGUUGGCUUGUUGGUUUGGUGUUUAGAUGGCCCUAAUACGAGAGUUUAAUGCUCACUGGAACAGUCUUAGUCCUGGCAACAAAGUAGCUGCAGGUCUCAUAGCUUUGAAUGUUGGUGUGUUUCUCCUGUGGAGGAUACCAGCUUUAGAGCCUUUCAUGGUUAGGUUUUUUUGCUCAAAUCCAGCAUCAGGUGCUCCAUUGUGGUCAAUGGUUGGUGCCACGUUUAGUCACUAUUCCUUCUUCCACUUGGCCGUCAAUAUGUACGUGUUGUGGUCGUUCUCAAAUAUCAUAGGCAGGGUACUAGGAAAGGAACAGUUUCUAGGAGUUUACAUGACUGCCGGUAUGGUGUCGUCAUUAUUUAGUUAUGCCGCCAAAACAAUACGACCGAGUCUCAUACCAUCGUUAGGGGCAUCUGGAGCAAUUAUGGCCAUUCUAGGAGCGACAUGUAUAGCAUUCCCAGAUUCAAGACUUAGUAUAGCAUUUAUAGGCGAUCUGGUACCACAUUCGUUUUCUGCCGAUAGUGCCAUGAAGUUUCUGAUAGCAUUUGAUACAAUUGGCUUAUUACUCGGGUGGAAGUAUUUUGAUCAUGCAGCACAUUUAGGAGGAAUGCUCUUUGGAAUCUGGUAUAUGAAAUAUGGAAAUAAAAUAAUCUGGAGAAAACGAGAGAGCUUCCUUAGGCAUUGGCACGAAAUAAGGGGGAAACCAAGAUAGUGCAGGAAGAGAGACAUUACUAGAAACUAAAUAUUUAUACAACACUGUUAUCAUGAUACAUCAAUUGCUAUCAAGUUAAGAUAAGAUGGACUGAAACAGUUUUAUUUCAGUGUUUUUAGAUUGUUAUGUUGGUAAACUUUAAAGGGAGUCUAAAGGCAGGAACAGUUACACAACAUUGCCAAUAGAUGUCUCUCUUAUCUCACAGGUCACAAUACUAAAUCAAACAUGACUUUCAUUUAUGUUUGUGCAUAUUAGUCACCCGAAAGACAAUCAAUUUGACCCAGUAGCUCCUCGUACUGCCUAUAUUCCUCCUUUAAUGAGCAUUUCAUUUUGACAUUUGGGGUCAGAUGAAAUUGCCAUUCCUGAGAAUCAGUAGAGAGAAGAGCUAAGCUGAUGAGUAUAUUUGGAAGUAUGAUGAACUUGAUAUUUUGGGUUUGUGAUCAUGUGAGAAUAAAAUGUGUUGAUGCUAUUUAGGCGGUUUUGGUGCAUGAGCCGGACAUCGGCAGAUUACACCCAAUAUAGGCCUUAUGUGCAGGCACCGUUCAAGCAGGCAAAUGGUGUGAACAGUAUUUACCAGAUGUCGGUUUUAUGUUAAAAUAAUAUUGGCUCCACCGAGUGGCUUGGUUUGUGAAGAAAAAUAUAAGUUUUCUACGACAA